GUGAUAAAGCAGCAGGUUUCGCUUUUAGUGUAUCAUCAUCAAAAAUAACAUGUAGUGAAAAAGAAUCACAAGUUCACUAUUUUUAUCAAUAUCGAAUUCUUAACCCAGAACAGAAAGAGAUAGUUCAUAUGAUGCUUAAAAGUGAGGCGCCAGUUCAAAUUAAAAAUGCUUUGAAUGAAGGAUCAAAUCAUGAUAUGACUAUAUAUUUUAUACAAAUGUUGAAAGAGCAUCAAUACGUAGUUCAUCAUGUAUUAUCAAAAGAUGGUUCUAUAGAAAUGUUGGAUGAAUGGGUUCAUUCAACACAAAGAGCAGAAGAAAGCCAUGGCUGUUUAAAAAAGGCAAUAGAAGCAGCAAGUGGGCUAGAUCAAGUAUUUUUACAUAUUAACUGUGCCUUUCAUCAGUAUCAAUUAAAAAAAAAUAGAGCAUUUGGUUUAAAUAUUGUUUCUGUUGACCCAUUUAUACUUAAUAAUGAAAGAUUUGAACAAUUGGUUGGAAAAAUUUCGAAAUGGGCAAUUGAUCGAAUUAAAAGAGAAAUAUGUGAAGCUGAGGAAAAAAACAGUAAUAAUGUAUAUAAUAAUACUUGUGAAUGUAGCUUGAAAUUAAAUUUUAAACUACCAUGCCGCCACACAAUUCCACUAACAGGGCCUAUUCCACUUUCUAUAAUACAUUCCCGCUGGCUCCUAAAGUAUGAUUCAAUAUCCAUAUUGUCUUCAUCCUUGUUGCCUGAUAUAGCUAUUAAUAAGGCUUUAUAUAUGUUAGAAGAAAAAUAUAGAAGCUUAAAUAACUGUAGGUCAAAAGCUAUGCUUUUGAAUAAAAUCAAUACUCUAAUUGAUGAGAAAAUAGUAACUUCAAAAGCACUAUUACAUAUUGAAAAUAGGGGCUGA